AGGCGAGGAGAGCAGCUGCAAAUCACCACCGUACGCGCAACCAAGAUGGAUUUCACUGGAAGCAAGAAGCGCAAGUUCAAGGACGCCAAUGGCGUCAAGGCGACCAACGGAAAGAAGUCUGCCCCCAGUGUUCCUCAAAAGUCAAAGAAAGUCAAGCGCGCCGAACCUGAGCCCCGCGAAGAGCCCGAGAUCGAGUCUUCCAGCGACGAGGAAGAUGAGGACGAGGUAGAGGACAACGAAGAGAGUGAUGAGGCCGAUGAGGAAGAGGAUGACUCCAAGUCGGGAGAUGAGGACGAGGAAGAGGAGGAUGAUGGCAAGGAGGACAACACAGAUCUCCCCGACGGUGGACAGCUCACAUUACCUCCCGUCGCCAGUGCCGAAGCUCAAUCGUUCGAGGAGCUGAAACUUUCCGACAAGACUAUGAAGGCGAUCAAGGAGAUGGGCUUCACCAAGAUGACGGAGAUUCAGAGGAGAGGUAUUCCUCCUUCGCUGGCUGGUCGCGACGUCCUCGGAGCGGCCAAGACUGGUUCUGGAAAGACUCUGGCUUUCUUGAUCCCUGUCGUUGAGAUGCUGAGCGCUCUCCGAUUCAAGCCCCGCAACGGAACCGGUGUCAUUGUCGUCUCUCCCACUCGUGAGCUGGCGCUCCAGAUCUUUGGUGUUGCCCGCGAGCUCAUGGCCCACCACUCGCAAACAUACGGCAUCGUUAUUGGAGGCGCAAACCGUCGCGCCGAGGCUGAGAAGCUCUCCAAGGGUGUCAACCUUAUCAUCGCUACUCCUGGACGACUGCUCGAUCACUUGCAAAAUACCCCCUUCGUUUUCAAGAACCUCAAGUCUCUUGUCAUUGACGAGGCGGACCGAAUUCUUGAGAUUGGUUUCGAGGACGAAAUGCGACAGAUCAUCAAGAUCCUUCCCAAGGAGGACCGACAGACCAUGCUCUUCUCUGCCACUCAGACUACCAAGGUCGAGGACUUGGCGCGCAUCUCGCUGCGCCCCGGCCCUCUGUACAUCAACGUGGACGAGGAGAAGCAGUUCAGCACAGUCGAGGGUCUUGAGCAGGGCUACGUUAUCUGCGAAGCCGACAGACGAUUCCUUCUUCUGUUUUCGUUCUUGAAGCGCAACAUUAAGAAGAAGGUUAUUGUCUUCUUCAGCAGUUGCGCGUGUGUCAAGUACCACGCCGAGUUGCUCAACUACAUCGAUCUUCCCGUCCUCGACCUCCACGGUAAGCAGAAGCAACAGAAGCGAACCAACACCUUCUUUGAGUUCUGCAACGCGAAGCAGGGUACUUUGAUCUGCACCGAUGUCGCUGCCCGUGGCCUCGAUAUUCCUGCCGUUGACUGGAUCGUCCAGUUCGACCCUCCGGAUGACCCUCGCGACUACAUCCACCGUGUUGGUCGUACUGCUCGAGGCAGCAAUUCCAAGGGCCGAUCCCUCAUGUUCCUCCAGCCCAGCGAAGUCGGCUUCCUCUCCCACCUCAAGGCAGCCCGCGUCCCCGUCGUCGAGUUUGACUUCCCCAAGAAGAUCCAAAACGUGCAGUCUCAGCUUGAGAAGCUCAUCAGCCAGAACUACUACCUGAACAAGAGCGCCAAGGACGGUUACCGCAGCUACCUGCACGCAUACGCGUCGCACUCGCUGCGCAGCGUCUUUGACAUCAACAAGCUGGACUUGACCAAGGUGGCCAAGAGCUUUGGUUUCUCGGUGCCUCCCCGAGUGGAGAUCACGCUUGGUGCUAGCAUGAGCAGGGACAAGAAGAACCAGGGUCGCAGGGCGUACGGCAGCCAGCCUCGACAGGGCCGAGGCGGCAAGUUUACCAGGUAG